GCCAUGUUGUGAAAUUUGAGGAAAUAAUUWGUGGGCGAAGUUCAGUAGAAAAAGUGGGAUUUAAUUAAAAAUAAUUUAAAAAAGCAGGYGAAUCGUGGAUUUUAUCUGAGGCUGAGCAUGGAGCGUCCUAGCCCGGGCCAGCACGUCUUCGGGGACGGGUUCUCCUCGGUUCUGUCAGGCGAACACCUGGUUUCCCCGCACCUCUGAGGACAGGUCGGCCCUCGGCAGCACGAGCGAAUGAGGCGUUCGAGGACCGACGGACAAACGAGCGCCUGGCUGCUGUCACACGGAGUACCGCAGCUUUGCGUCAACCUAAAGCCAGCUAAAGCUAAAGCCGUGCUGGGACGAGACGAGUCAGCAAGAAAAAGACUGUUAAGAGCCACGUUUACCCCGGCGGCUAGACAGCCAGGGCAGGUUAUUGGUGGCGCACACAUCCUCGGUUUCUGCUGUUAAAGCUGUCAGGAAUCAAAAGCAGAGCUCAUAUUGUGUCGGUGUAUUUGGGGCUACCUGAGCGGCUUAUCCGAAAACAUUUCAAGCAAAACCAAACGAAGAAAGGAUUCGUGAAGGCUUCGCAGCAAACACAUGAGGCCCGGCUGAAAAAAAAAGAAAAAAAGAAAAGAGGAAGAUGGAUCUGAAUUUUUACUCAGAUUUGACGGACGGUACCGGACAGCACGGUGACCCGGAGUUCCUGGACCCACAGUCCUUCAACGGGUUCGACUCUGACAACAAGUUCCCUGGUGGCAGUGGCAACUACCUGACGAUAUCAGGGUCCAGUCAUCCCUUCCUCUCUUCUUCUGAGACGUUCCACACCCCCAGCCUUGGCGAUGAGGAGUUCGAGAUUCCUCCCAUCUCUCUGGACCCGGACUCGGCUCUCACCGUGUCCGACGUGGUGUCCCAUUUCGGCGAGCUGUCGGACACCGGUCCUUCGGACAGCGUGGUCGUGCCUGGCAACGCCGUGGUCGAAGGGGACGAUCCGUCGUUUGCRUCCACUUACGUCAGCGCCCCCACUCAGGGUCUGGAGCACCUGAGCCUGGGGGUCAUGAACCAGGCAGGGAGCAACGCUCUGCUGGGCUCGUCCCUGGGCAUGGAUCUCGGUCAUCCAAUGGGCUCGCAGUUCAGCAGCUCGUCUCCGGUGACCAUUGACGUCCCGCUGGGGGACAUGAGCCAGGGCUUGCUGGGCUCCAACCAGCUGACCACGAUCGACCAAUCAGAGCUCAGCGCCCAGCUGGGGCUCGGCCUGGGGGGCGGKAACAUUUUGCAACGCCCCCAUUCACCUGAAAACCCUUUAUCAGCUACUGCCUCUCCUACCAGCUCGCUCCAGGAUGAUGACAUGGAUGAUUUCAGAAGGAGUGUACUCGUUGAGUCUCCGGUCUCCCUGGCCGUCUCUCCUGGAGUCAUCUCCCUCGACCCCUCUCUGUCUGAAUCCCUGGUGUCCGCCCCGUCCUCCAGCAUCUCCUCGGCCGUCGGGCGGAAAGGAGGGGCRGGAGGCGGGAAGAAAGGGAGGAAGAAGAAAGACCCCUACGAGCCUCAGAAACCAGUGUCGGCCUACGCUCUGUUCUUCAGGGACACGCAGGCCGCCAUUAAGGGACAAAACCCCAACGCYACGUUUGGAGAAGUCUCAAAGAUAGUGGCCUCCAUGUGGGACAGUCUGGGCGAGGAACAGAAACAAGUUUACAAAAGAAAAAAUGAAGCUGCAAAGAAGGAAUACCUAAAAGCACUUGCAGAGUACAGGGGGGGCAAAAUGUCUCAGCCCCCGCCCCUGCCCCCCGCUCCACCAGGUCCCAGCACUACAACCCAGAGGAGAACACCAUCACCAACAUCUGCACUUCCAACAUCAUCCUGGACCUCCCUCAGGUCACCACGCGCUCCCGCACUGGGGCCAUCAAGCCCCAGCCUCCGCCCGCCAGCGCCGCCCCCAACCCCCCCACCGUCACCAAGAUCAUCAUCAAGCAGGUGCCGCUGCCCUCCGGUGGCGUCUCGGUAACCGCCUCCGCCGCUUCGUCGUCACGCCAGCCGCCGCCGCUACAGCAGAUGCACAGCACGCCGCCCCCGCCCCGGCUGCAGCAGAUGGUGCACGCCCAGGCUCCGCCCCCUCUGCAGGCCAAGCCGAGGGGCGGGGGAGCGGCCGCGGCCACCGCCCCGCCUCCGCUGCAGAUUAAAGUCAUCCCGUCCACGCGGCAGGCGGACCUGACGGCGCCAAUCAUCCUGGCGUCAUCCGACGACACAGCCACGUCUGUCACGUCAGGCGUGACGGUGGAGGUGGGGCGGGACACUGUGAUGGUAGCAGCAGAGGAAGUGGGCGAGGCCGAGGAGGGUAUGGAGGUGGAGCUGAACGUGGCGCCCGGUCCCAGCGUGACCUCCACAGCUCCGCCCAAUAUUUGCGUGCGCGCCGGCUGCACGAACCCCGCCGUGGAGAGCAAAGACUGGGACAAGGAGUACUGCAGCAACGAGUGUGUCGCCACACACUGCAGAGACGUGUUCAUGGCCUGGUGCGCCAUCCGAGGACAAAACUCCACCACGGUCACAUAGGAAGAGGACAUUUACCUGCACAGACUCAAAGACAGCACAUGUACUGCGAACAAUAACGACUGACUCAGGUGUUGGCCCGUACUGCUUUACUCGUCUCACUCUCUCUCUCUCACGUUAUCUCGGGGACAAGAACGACCUCACAUUCGCAGGAGGGAGGACUGGAAGGCUUCCUGCGACGCUCGUCUCCUUCGGUCUGAAAGUGCUGCGACGGUAGCGAUGCUCCUGCUGGGAGACGGGCGGCAGCGCUCCUCCCGUCACUGAUCAACUGUUGUACAUUUAAAUGUUGGAGCCGAUAAAAAAAAUGAAACAUUUUAUACAAACUUUGUGAUGUUUUUCAUGGGAUAAAGUGCAGGAGGAAUCUUGCCCACCUUCAUUUCAACAAAUCUUUUGUGUGUAUGCGUGUGAGUGUGUAGUUCUUCCCUUUUUGCUGUUACAUUGAUGUCUAGUCAUUGUUAAUGAAGUCUGAAAGUUUUAAUUAUUUGCCGUUUCAGUAAUGUGUGUUUGUGUCAGCUGGACAGGAAGUGCUUCAGACAUUUAAACCCAAAAUGCACCAAGCUCAAAACCCUCUUUAAAUCUCUUUUUCUUCUUUCAAAAAUGUGCAAGAAUGGAAAAUUUUCAGACAUAAGGAAAACUGAAAACAGGUGCCACCAUCGUUCUCAUUUAUCCUGCUCUGUUUAAAGAACUUAAAUAUGUGCAAAUGUGUCUUUGAGGAUCAAGUAAAUGUUGGAGUGACGGAAACACUGCCUUAACGGCACCACUUAACUGUAAAGGGCAUACAGUACAAAUGUGUUUUUACAUGAUAAAUUAAAGAAUCACUGAUUAUUUAAUAAUAAUUAUGGUUAAAAUGCUUCCAAACAACUGUUCAAACUCCGAGGAGUUGAUGCCGUUUGUAGUGGGGUCAUUGCAGAUGUCCUGGAAAUGGUUUUAAUUAUGGAAUAAAAUAUUUUAUGUUAAAAUUCA